AUGAGUGAAUCAUGCGCAGGCGCGGGUGGCGCGGCGGAGCGUAUCCUGCGCGGGCGCACGUCGCGAUCGCAGCUCGCCGCGCGCCACAUUCCAUGCGAUCGUUGCCUCCACACAUUCGCAACUGCUCUGAUGCAAUAUUCAACUUUACUUCGUCCUUGCAAUGCCGUAAUUCGUUAUUACAGAGGCGUGUCGAUUAGCGCGGCGGCAGCGGAGGGCGGCGGGGUGUGGCCGGUGAGGGACGCGGGCACCGGGCGAGGCUGCUGCGAGUGUCCGCCGCUGUCGGCCGGACUAACCCGUCCCUUCAGGUCAGCGCUCCAGCCGGCUAUUUAUAGAGGUGCCCCU